AUGAAAAGCCUGCAAUAUAAUUAUGAUACUUUUAUGGAUCCUAAUCUCAUUCCAGGUCCUAAAGAUAUUACUGAUGACAUUGGCUUAUUUCGCCUAGUUAUUAAGGAAGAAUUAAGUGGUCAAUACCCUUACCACAAAAAGACAACUCAUGAUCCUUCUGUUCUUAAGUAUGAAUGUCCAAUUUUUGGUUGCAAAGCAUGUGUUAAAUAUCAAGUUCUUGAUACAGAUGUUCACUUCAUUCUCCUCAUAUGUACACAUCAUCAAUUCUACAUGAAUAUCUCCGAAGAUACUUUUCCCAUGGCCGCUCUCAGUACGAAGGAUUACUCCAUGCAUUCCACGAACUUGGGAUUCCUUAUUUAG